AUGGCCUUCCGCGCCACGUCCACGCGCUCGCGACGGGCCCGGCCCCGCUCGAGGCCCGCGCUCGUCCUUGCUGCGCUCCUGGGCGCCGCGGCGUCAUGCGCAGCCGCCCCGUCGAGCGACGUCGCGCUUGUGCCUGACGUCAACCAAUGCCGCGCUAGCCUCGCGGCCUUCGACUUCAACGACGGCGUCCCGAAGCUGCUGGAAGACUCGCUCACGGCGUGCGUGGACGGUCCGGGGCCGCAGUGCUGCAGCGUGGUGCAGCUGGUGUUUGGCCGCUUCAGCCCCGUACAGGGGUGCUUCUGCCACGCGGAGUUCGCACGCGCGGCCGUGGCGUCGGUCGGCCAGCCGCCGUUCCUCGCGCCGCUGCUCACCGGCAUCGUGUCGGGGUGCGACGUGCCCGUUGCGGGGUCGGACGCGUGCGAGUCGGCACCGCGUGCACCGAGUGCAGCCUACCGCCCGAUUUCUGUCGAUGCGGACGUCGAGACUGCUACAGGGAGCUCCGCACUGGGACCACUGCUCCAGGUGUUGCCCCGCGCCGAGGCCGAGGGCCGCCUCGACGUCAUUGCCGGGCGCGAGAUCGACCGAGCGACCCGUGCGGAGGCACUCAGGCGUUUCGAGGAGCGGCAGGAGCCCCCCGAGGACCCAGAUGGCGGCGAGCCUGACCCAGCCACCGACGCCCCGCGGUUCGACCUGCCCUUCCUGUCGUCCUCCGGCCAACCGACGUUCGGCGGCGGAUCCUUCGCCUCCUCGGCCUUGAGGACCGGGAGGGACGUGUUCGACGGCGUCUUCCUGCGGCUGCAGUCCCCCGGGAGGCCGUUCGGCCGCUCCCUGCGCAGUCUCUCGCCGGGACCUCGGCGCAGUCUGUCUCAGUCUUUCGCCGGUAUGAACAUGGCGAACAUGGCGUCCAGUGAGAUGGCUGAAAUGUCGUCGAUGCAGGAAUCCGCCGAGCCGCAGGACUUCGACGGCCGCUUCGGCUUGUUCGGCGUCAACGCCGACGCGCCCGUGCGCUUCGGCAAGUGGAUUCGCACGCAGGACGCCCCGGGCCUCGUCCGUUGGACGGCAGGCCGCGGCGACGGCGACGGCGCCGAGCGGUGGCAGCCCGGGUCGCUCCUCGCUUCGCGGGAGCAAGGCUUGCUUGAGAAGCUCGAGCGGCUGAAGCGGCGCAAGCAGCGCGCGCUCGCCCCGCCGCGCGAGCCCGCGUUCGAGAUGCCUGCGACGGUCAUUGAGGGGCCACGCGGCGCGGACAUGGUCGUGAGCGGGGCGACGUGCACGGACGCGUCCCCGGACCCGCGCUUCACGUGCGCGCAGCAGGCUGCGUGGAACAAGUGCGGAGAAGACUGGAUGGUGUCCGGGGGGUUCUGCGCCGCGUCGUGCGGCCGCUGCGAGGGCGCCGCGACCACGACGUCACCGACAAGAGCGACACCGACAGGAUCGUGCACGACGGCGUACAGCUUCAUCGCGAACGACCCGUCCUUCUCGAUCCUGACGGCCGCCGUCGACGCCGCUGGCAUGACAGCUGCCCUGCAGGACGAGGGCCUGACCGCAACCGUGUUCGCCCCGCCGGACUCGGUCUUCAUGGAGAUGAGCAUCGUCCUCAAGGUUCCCAUCGAGGCGCUCCUGGCCGACACGGUCCUCAUGGAGGCCCUCAUCCGCUACCACACCGUCACUGCUACGUCCAACGGCCGCGCCCUGUCCUCUGACGACCUGGCGAACUUCGGCCCGGGACCGCUGCCCACCGCGCUGAACGGCGAGGUUCUGCGCGUCCAGAGCGGCAGCGGCGGCGCCGUCGAGCUCGUGCCGAGCGGCGGCCCGGUCGCGAGGGUGACGGUGGCCGACACGGCCGCGUGUAGGGUUGUCGUGCAUCAGAUCGACAAGGUCCUGGUGCCGAGCAUGACGCUCGCCCAGCAGACGCCCUGA